UCGCCGCGGCUGCGGGUCUCACAACCGCUCAGAGUUUUUAGAACUUCAGCUACAAAAAUGGGCAGAAUUUUCCUCGAUCAUAUUGGUGGUACCCUUCUGUUUUCAUGUGCAAACUGUGAUACGAUCCUGACCAACCGUUCAGAGCUCAUUUCCACAUGGUUCACAGGUGCCAUUGGCCGAGCAUUUCUUUUUAACAAGGUAUUUAACCUACAAUACAGUGAAGUUCAAUACCGGGUCAUGCUCACUGGCUGCCACAUAGUUCGGGAUGUGAGCUACAAAAACUGCAAUAGCAAACUGGGCUGGAUCUAUGAAUUUGCCACCGAAGAUAGCCAGCGUUAUAAGGAAGGCUGAGUGAUCCUGGAAUGAGCUCUAGUUCGAGAGAGUGAGGGGUUUGAGGAGCACGUACCAUCUGAUAACUCUUGAAGAAAAAGACACAACUCCAUC